AACAUAUGAAAUUUAUUCAGUAAGUAGGCCUAAGUAAAAACUUUUUACGUUUUGAAAUGGCAACAAGCUGUGGAUACGAAUUUCAACUAAAGCAUCUACGACUCGAAAGCGCGCACGAAAACAAUUUUUAUGAAUUCCAAUGGUCGAAGAAGAAAUUAUACUUUGUUUUAUAUCGUGCUUUCACCAUGUUUUAUCACUGGGGCUGGCUAAUAGCAAGCUGGGCGUUUGCGAAAGAAGAUGCUGCUUACACUGCAAGUAAUUGGAGUUUUUUCUUUACCGGAAUUUAUUAUCUUUGCGCGUUUAUCACUGCAUUGUAUGGACUAACUGCACGAAAUGACCGUAAAAUGGAAAACCACGAAGAAUCAAAUAACGGGAAGUCAGAGACUCCAGGUGGAUUGCAGUUUUUUCAUAAACUCACUUGGUUCUUUCAUGUACAAGCAAUGAAUUUUGUGCUUUUCGUUACUGUUUUAUACUGGGGACUUACGGCACCCGGGCUUUCUGCGGAAACACUGAAACAACCUCUCGGCCAACAUAAACAUAGCGUGCAAGGAAUAAUGCUUCUAAUAGAUAUUUUUGUAGUCUCUAUUCAGACACGCUGGAUACAGUUUGUUUACACUAGCGUGUUCGCCUUGUUCUAUGCAUUCACCGCAGUUAUCGUACACUUCGCUGGAAUAAACUCCCAAAUAUACGGAUUUCUCGAUUUUGUCAACUCCCCCGGAUUUGUAGCAGGAGUUCUUCUUGCGAAUGUAUUUGUGGCACCAAUCAUACUGCACUCAGUCAUAUUUGCAUUUUACCAUAUGAGGAUGAUGAUUCAUCGCUGCACACUUGGAAAGAAGAAGAGAAGGCCCAGUCAAUUUGCUUUAUUAAAGGCAUGAUUAAAUUGUCUUUAGAUCGUGAUAAGUUCUCAUAUUUAGCAUGAAUCGUUCUAAGAAUGAAUUCUCGAAUCACUUAAAUCUGUAGCUUAUAUUUUUACGAUUUAGAUUUUCACAACUCUUUCAGCAGUGACGUAAUCAAUGAUAUUUUAUUUGCUUCA